AUGUCUACUCUGGAGUACCCUAAAGUGUGGAUUCGUUUUGAACGAAUGGUUGAAGAAGGUACAGCGGAAAACGUAGAUGCAGUACAAGAGUACCGUUUGUCGCUGAACUCUAUCAUUAGGCAAAAAUUUAGCUUAGCGUGUUACCUAGCCGAAGGAGAUAGUUCAGGAGGCACGCUCGUUGCCGUUAACUUGUACUUGUCGCAGGAAAAGGGACGCUUCGUCGAACACAGGCCGCCAAAGUCCAAGGCCGGUUUAUUAUCCCUGCGAAUGUUUAGCCAAGCUAUGAAAAUGACAGCGAUUUAUGAUAAAUACAAUGUGAACGCCUACCUCAUUGGAGCGGGCCUUUCAGUCGCGCUUGAAUAUAGAAUGCUCGGGAUCGCAGUUGAACUGCUUAAGGCCAGAAUAAAUCUCUGUAAGGAUUUGGGUUUUCGUGCACCAGGCGGUAUAUUUACUAGCGCAAAAGCACAAAGAGCGGCGGAAAAAUUUGGAAAGCAGUGCAGCGUAAGAUUCGAUACUGAUACAGAGGACUUAAAGAUUUUUGCUAUUCAAACUAAACUAUCUAACUAA